UGCCCGCCCGGCCCCGCGCUCCCGCCUUAUCCACUCGUCUGUUUCCCUCCCGUUCCUCCUCCUCCCUUCUUUCUCGCCGGCUUUAUAAUCCCACCACCACCUUUGCCGGAGCACAUCCAGCUCCAAACUUGCAAGUUGCAACCCGCCCGCAACGCAAUUCACAUCGAAGCCGAAGCCCGAGGGGAAAGAAAAGAUUGCGCAGAUGACACUGUCGUCCGGGACCGGGAUGGCCGCCUUCUCCGUCCGCGCGCCGGCGCCGGCGCCCGCGGCCCGGCCGUGCGCGGCGGCGGCGGCGGCCGGCGGGGCCAGGAUGCGCGGCGGCGCCGGCGGCGGGGGCGCCAAGUGGUGGGCGCCGCUGCUGGGGUGGUCCGGCCAGCCCGACUACAUCGACGCGCAGCCGGCCGCGGAGGAGGAGGGGGCGCAGCACCAGCGCGCCGCGCGGAGGUUCGGCGUGCUGACGGAGGACAAGGCGCGGCAGCUGCGGAUGCGGAUGAUGGAGACGGAGAGCUUCCACGACGCCAUGUACCACUCCGCCAUCGCCUCCCGCCUAGCCUCCGCCUCGCCCGACAAGCACUAGCCACCGCCGGCCAUCCCGCCGGCGAGAAGCGGAAAAUCAACCGCCGUGUAUAUACAUGCUGUUUCUUUUGUUUUAUUUUAGGAUUAAAAUAAGCCAAGCCUCGUGCUGCUGCUGGUGGUGUUAGGGAGGACGGAUUAGAGGAGGGGACUAGUAUUAGCAUGGUGCCCCUCCUCCCGACCCGAUCCACGGCCUCCCAAUCCCGGUGCGGAUGAGCUGUGGAACACUAGUUCUUGCAGCCGAAUGUUAUGGAGAAAAAAACCUGCCUGUAUGAUGUUUCACUUUGUCCUCAUAACAUAUAUUUUUUUCUUCCAAGUUC